AUGUAUAGAUCGGGAUAUGUCGAAGUUCUUAGCCAUUCGCUGAGAUACAGCGCUAGGGCAGCGUUCGUUUCGCUUCCAUUUCGCGUUGAAGAGGUUAACUUCAAGACGAAUGAAGCUCGAGCGUUAAUGAACAGCGUUGCUGAGCAUAUCGAAGCUGGCCUUCAGGAGACUGACAAUGUGCAGAAAAUUCUUGCACUGCAGCAUCGUAUCCAGGGACGUUAUGAAAUUUUUCAGCCAGGCAGAAAGCUGAUAAAGGAGGGCGAAAUAUUGAAGCACUCUCGGAAAGAGAUUCAGCCCCGCUAUUUACUCUUGUUCAGCGACGUUCUUCUUUACUGCGCCCCUGUUGUUUCUGGUAGCAGUUUGUUGCGUAUCAGAAACGAGAUCCCCUUAAUCAGUCUUGGAGAACCAUAUAUUCCAGACAACGAAUCCUGUGACGGCGAAUUCUACCUGCGCAGUGACCGUCGCUCGUACAUUUUACUAGCAAAGUACGUGUUUGAAAGGUUGAGGCGUUCAGCAGAACAGUACAUUUGUCAGAUAGCGACCAUUACUCCCAUUAGAACUGCCGCGAGCGAAAUGAAUGGGUGGAUGCUAUCAGACGUGCAGUUGUUGAGUUCAAGGAUCGACACAUGUCACUCGUUGCACCUUCUCGCCUUCAAGAUGCAAGGCUGCAUUUAA